AUGUUACGCGCAGUCUUUGGUCACAACUACACCGACAUCCCGAACCACAUCCCCAAGUCUCAGGGCAUUACCUCUGCAGGCAUGCUCGCCUUCUUCCUCUUCUGGUUGGCCCACUUCCCCCUAGCCAUGCUGCGUCCUUAUCAGCUGCGCACUUUCUUCACCGUCAAGACCAUACUCAUGAUCCCUGCUGUGUGGGGACUCUUCAUCUUCUGUAUGGCCAACACACACGGCGAGCUGGGUACCAGCAAACUGUCCGAAGCUGCUGGAGUAAGCGCAUCUGGAAAGUGGGGAUGGUUCUUCAUGAACGCUGUCAAUGCUGGUCUCGGAAACACUGCCACAUUGAUCACCAACCAGCCCGAUAUUGCGAGAUGGUCAAAGACAAAAUCUGGCGCCAUGUGGUCUCAGUUCAUCACCAACCCUAUCGCCGUGACUUUGUCCGCCAGUCUGGGAAUCUUGUCUACCGCCGCUAUCAAUAAUGCAUGGGGUCUUUCGCUCUGGAACCAGUGGGAUCUUCUCGACGCAAUCAUGAACAGAUACUGGAGAAGCGAUGUUCGCUUUGCUGUCUUCCUCACCGCCGGUUGCUGGGCUGUCAGUCUGUUAGGAACCAACGUUGCCGCCAACAUGAUUCCCUUUGGAUCAGACUCUAGCAUGUUGUUCCCUCGCUACAUCACCAUUCCUCGUGGACAGUUCUUGGUCACCUGCCUGGGCUUUGCUAUCGUCCCGUGGAAGAUCCUCGCUUCCGCCUCCGUCUUCACCACCUUCCUCGCCGGAUAUGGUCUCUUCAUGGCCUCUGUAGUCGCAAUCAUGAUCUGCGAGUACUUCUGCCUGGCCCGCGGCAACAUCUUCAUCGCCCACUGCUACAACGGCGGCAAGGAAAACCCCCACUACUACUACUUUUACGGCUGGAACCCUCAAGCUGUCAUCGCCUACCUCUGCGGUAUCGCUUUGCCAUUCCCUGGUUUCGUAGGCAGCUUGGGUGCAAACGUGUCCACCACAGCACUCAACAUGGGCCAUCUAGGCUGGAUGUUGAGUUUCACAACCAGUUUCGUCGUCUACUUUGCCAUCUGCAGUGUUUGGCCGACCGAGAACCAAAAGAUUAUCAAGGAGAUGGGUUUGAGAUGGGAAGAGAUGGCCGAGAGAGACAUGAUGGCUCUUGACGGCACCGUUAUCCCUGAAGGCGCCGAGGGCAUGUCUGAGGACCAGGUCGUCUGGGAUGAUGCAGAGAAGAAGGCUGUCGCUUUCGACUCGCGCAGACUCAGUGACUAG